AACCAGCUCAUCUGCAUCUGGCUCUAAAGAACCUGCUGCAGCCAGAGGCGGAGGAAGAGAGAAGGCUGCAUAGGAGCUGCAGCGCGGUGCGGCCAGCACACACCCCGGCCCGCGAGGCCCCGGGCUCGCCCAUGAGGCCUCUGCCCAGCGGGAGGAGGAAGACCCGAGGCAUCUCCCUAGGACUCUUCGCCCUCUGCCUGGCCGCAGCCCACUGUCUGCAGAGUCAGGGCGUGUCCCUAUACAUUCCUCAGGCCACCAUCAAUGCCACCGUCAAAGAAGACAUCCUGCUCUCAGUUGAGUACUCCUGUCAUGGAGUGCCCACCAUCGAAUGGACAUAUUCAUCCAACUGGGGAACGCAGAAGAUCGUGGAGUGGAAACCAGGGACUCAGGCCAACAUCUCCCAAAGCCACAAGGACAGAGUCUGCACCUUUGACAACGGCUCCAUUCAGCUCUUCAGUGUGGGAGUGAGGGAUUCCGGCUACUAUGUCAUCACCGUGACGGAGCGCCUGGGGAGCAGCCAGUUUGGCACCAUCGUGCUGCACGUCUCUGAGAUCCUCUAUGAAGACCUGCACUUUGUCGCUGUCAUCCUUGCUUUUCUCGCUGCUGUGGCCGCAGUAUUAAUCAGCCUCAUGUGGGUUUGUAAUAAGUGUGCGUAUAAAUUUCAGAGGAAGAGAAGACACAAACUCAAAGAAAGCACAACUGAGGAGAUCGAGCUGGAAGAUGUUGAGUGUUAGCCAAGGCUGGGCCUGACUGCAUUCCUACCUCAAGAGGAAACCAUUCUCCAACAAAAAGAGCAAGCACAGCUAUUAUACCCAUUGUGUGUGGUCCUGUUGCAGCCCGCUCCUAACAGGACAGUGGGAGAUUAACAACAUUGACUGCAUGGAGUUGAGGACUGUGGAUGGGACAAAGCUAGUAUUAGGACUCGCGCUAAGUUCAAGGAGAAGAGUGAUUGAGGCUUUGAACCUGGAGCUUCGCUUGGCUGCAGCAUCAGGGCCGUGCUGACACACAACCAACGGGUGAGUGCAGGCAUUGGCUGCUUGCUCACGACACUCGCUCUGGUGUGCAGGAUGGCCUGUUGUCAGAGUCCCUGUAUCAGAGGCCAGAGGAUUUCCAGAUGGAUGUGCAGCCAGCAUUAGAACAUGCUUUCUGUGCUCCUGUCUGCUCUGCAACUGCUGUGCCAACCACCCCCCCAUCUGGUAUCCCACAAGCAAGCACUGCUGUGGGAGCUAUUGUGAGAAAACCUGAGGCUUUUAGACAAUCUGCUGCCUCAGAGCAGAGGUGGAAAGAGACUGGGGGUGGGGGUUGGUGCUGUUGUGCUGCAGUGAGUUGCUCAUUGGUGAGGCCCGGUGGCUGGGAGUUUUAUGGGAGAGGAGCUCAAUGGACUCCUGAGAGGCCAGCUUUGGAUACAAGGAAUAGAGAAAAUUAUCUUUCUCUUCCUCCCUCAUUCCAACGUUAAUUGGAUUUUCCCUCCCAUGGCUCAAACUUAGGCCAUUGUAAGUAAAACAACAGCUCAUCUCCAUUAUGGACAGCACCUGGCCUCCUGACGAGCUGGAUGCCACCUGUGUGAAAGCUGAGCUUGCAUAGUGGGUGAUGCAGCUGGAAAAUCAGUCAUCUCGAGCUUUGCAUCUGUCCCCCUCAGUCACUAACACUUCACGUCUCAAGUCAGGCCCUUGCCCUCUCCUACCUGGGCUGAGGAACGCUUGGCCCUUGCCUACCUCACAGUCAGGGUAUCAAGAGAAGCCCACA